AGCCUAGCAGGCCGGCCGCGGCUCACCCAGCCAGUCAGUGGUCUGGGCACUGCAGCAGGCUCGGCUCUGUCCCAGCACUUGUCUGGGAGAAAAGUGGUGUACUCGCUCUUUCUACCUUCCUUCUUUCUCGAUCUCCUUGUGUGCUUUUUGUGUUUCUUUUUUUUCUUUUUUUUCUUUUUUUUACUUAAUUAUAUUUCUAAUCCUGGAUGAAGUUGCUGGAUUCUGCAGCACAAGUCUUCAUGAACAAGCAGCACCGCUCAGAGAUUUCACGGCACUCAAAGGUCACAGAACUGCCACUAUGGUUAAAUGUCUUGUUUAAUGGUUGAGAGGUGUGGCGAAAUCUUGUUUGAGAACCCCGAUCAGAAUGCCAAAUGCGUUUGCAUGCUGGGAGAUGUACGACUAAGGGGUCAGUCGGGGUUUCCUGCUGAACGCCGCGGCUCCUACCCAUUCAUUGACUUCCGCCUACUUAACAAUACAACAUACUCAGGGGAGAUUGGCACCAAGAAAAAGGUGAAAAGACUAUUAAGCUUUCAAAGAUACUUCCAUGCAUCAAGGCUGCUUCGUGGAAUUAUACCACAAGCCCCUCUCCACCUGCUGGAUGAAGACUACCUUGGACAAGCAAGGCAUAUGCUCUCCAAAGUGGGAAUGUGGGAUUUUGACAUUUUCUUGUUUGAUCGCUUGACAAAUGGAAACAGCCUGGUAACACUGCUGUGCCACCUCUUCAAUACACAUGGACUUAUUCACCAUUUCAAGUUAGAUAUGGUGACCUUACACAGAUUUUUAGUCAUGGUUCAAGAAGAUUACCACAGCCAAAACCCGUAUCACAAUGCUGUUCACGCAGCCGACGUCACCCAGGCCAUGCACUGCUACCUGAAAGAGCCAAAGCUCGCCAGCUUCCUCACGCCUCUGGACAUCAUGCUUGGAUUGCUGGCUGCAGCAGCACACGAUGUGGACCACCCAGGGGUGAACCAGCCAUUUUUGAUAAAAACCAACCACCAUCUUGCCAACCUGUAUCAGAACAUGUCUGUGCUGGAGAAUCACCACUGGCGUUCUACAAUUGGCAUGCUUCGAGAAUCGAGGCUUCUUGCUCACUUGCCAAAGGAAAUGACACAGGAUAUUGAACAGCAGCUGGGCUCCUUGAUCUUGGCAACAGACAUCAACAGGCAGAAUGAAUUUUUGACCAGAUUGAAAGCUCACCUCCACAAUAAAGACUUAAGACUGGAGGAUGCACAGGACAGGCACUUUAUGCUUCAGAUCGCCUUGAAGUGUGCUGACAUUUGUAAUCCUUGUAGAAUCUGGGAGAUGAGCAAGCAGUGGAGUGAAAGGGUCUGUGAAGAGUUCUACAGGCAAGGUGAACUUGAACAGAAAUUUGAACUGGAAAUCAGUCCUCUUUGUAAUCAACAGAAAGAUUCCAUCCCUAGUAUACAAAUUGGUUUCAUGAGCUACAUCGUGGAGCCGCUCUUCCGGGAAUGGGCCCAUUUCACGGGAAACAGCGCGCUAUCGGAGAACAUGCUGGGCCACCUCGCGCACAACAAGGACCAGUGGAAGAGCUUGUUGCCCAGGCAGCGCAGAAGCAGGGACAGCAGUGGCAGCGGGCCGGACCAGGACCACGCAGGCCAAGGGACUGAGAGCGAGGAGCGGACGGCGCGGGAAGGCGACAGCCCCUAGGGCCGGCCCAGCUCAGACGCGACGACGUUCUCCAGCGCGGGGUGGGGUGGGGGGGAACCCUUGCCCAGCAGCCCAUCCACUCUCUGGGUGUUGUCCUGGGGCUCUUUGGAAUGCCACCUUCCUCCCACUUACCUGCCUCCCCUUCUUUUCGCAAGUGUACAGAAGCCAUUUGUCACCUCAGCAUUCGCUGCCGAGAUGAGCAACUCCAUUCAGUAUCGUGGGGGGCUGAUCCCACGGGCAGGCUCACCCUGCUCCAGGAGACCCGAUGGGAGGAAGAACGAGGUGCUCCCGCCUUGCCUGCCAGGGCCCCGGGUCGCACUGGACCAAGCAGCCGUUCCCAAGUCCGGAGUGUUUGCUAUCUGACUGCUGAUGUGCGUGACAGAAACACCAGCAUAUUUGCAACACCAAGGAUAUUGAUCUUAAGUGCAAGAGCACAAAUAAGAGCGUGAGAGAAAGUACCUUCUAUUUUAAUAAUAAUUAUUAUAAAAAUAAUAAAUCUUUUUAACUUUUAUAUUUGAUGCACUAGACAAUGGAGCUGCAACUUUGGGACUAAGAUCAUUCAAUGUACCCAAACUUGAACAGGGGGUUCAUUGUUUUGCUAUUGACUUUAUUAUGCCACUUUGGGGCAGAGACUUGGCAUCUUCUCAGUUUAAGAAACCACGUUUCCUAUCCAAUCCGAAGGGAAGGUGCUGUACAGCUCAUUCCUUUGCACCGUUAGCCAAUCUGUCUUUUAUGGAUUCCGUGACAUGUUUAUAUUCACCCAUGUACAUUUUCUGUAAAUAUCGAACGCUACUGAUUCCCAUGCCAAAAUACAUGAGUAUUAUGGGAUUGCUACCUGUACAAACAAUGGCACUGUGAACAGAAUACUGUUAGUUUUAAUACAAGAGAAUGCAUUUGUAAAUAUGGUAUAGAGUUUAUUAAUAUACUAUUGUUUGCAGAUAAAGGCCUUAACUUUAAACAUCUUUCAUCUUCUGAAAGCUACCCGACUUUAAUCCUCAUAGAUGUCUUUCUCAACUGCCUUCCCACGUCCAUCUGUAUGUUUUCCAGCUAAGGUCACAAACCAAAACUGAAUAAAGUCUUUGAGGAAACAUUUUGGAAACUUCACAUGCAUUCCACUCGAGACCAUAGUGUUUAAUCUAUGGCACCAAGCAUCGUUUCCUCAGAUUAAUGAGACCCUUCAACAAGCCUGAAUCAGUCACUUUUCAACGCAGCGAUGUUUUAACAAGCCAGCUGCUAAGCUUGUGUUUAUGUGACUCUUGUUACAGAACAUGGCAGUGCAUCAGCCUCACAGGAGACAUAGCAGGUCUUGAAAACCUUCUAUGACCCUGCCAUCUAACCAUCAGGGAAUUCCCUGCUCCCAUGCCACACAUUUGUCUGUUAUGGCUACAGUACCAAAGUACUUUUGGUGUAUGGCUGGUGUGCAUUUCUUUAGUGUCAAUAGUAACUGGAUUUUUUUCCCCUUAAUCUCAUGUGAACAACUACCCAACUGUUUAGCUGAAGUUCAUAUUAUUUAAGUAAAGAAAAUAUUUCAGUUGUAUAACAGACUUUACCCUCCUGGCAGGUCAUUGCAGUUAAUUAUGUCUUUUAGCUAGGAGUAUCACCUUGGAAUUUCGUUGCCAUCUUUUCUGCAGGCACUUGGCUGUAAAAUUAGUUUGUUACAGCAUUCUUCUCUAGGCUGCUAAACACUGUGCAUUAAACCUUUUCUUUAGAAGUUUCAGCAUAACUGAUGUUAGAUGAAAAUUGCUGAUGUCUUUCUUUUUACCUUAAACAGUGUGGUAGUGGGAGAAUGAUUGUUUCUGCUGCUAUCAACCUAUUCCUCAAGCUAGCAGAAUGAGAGCUGGCAUUUCCUAAGUACAACUGUUUUGGGGGUUUUUCUCCUAACAUACAAGUGAAAUAUUGAUUGACCUGUAAUAAGUUCCUAUAGAGAGACUGAGGCUUGCAGAAUUAAGGUUUAGGGGAAAUUUUGGAAAGUUGGUUAUAUUUUCAUUAAAUUAGGAGAGAUUGUCAGAUGGUGCUAGAGAAAGUGUGAAGAUCUUAUGAAAUGGGUGGAUGGUAAGUUGAAAUUAUUGACGUGGGUAAGAAAGGAAGUUGUGGAAAGCUAACACUAACUUUGUAAUUUUUUUUCUGUAAAACUAUGAGCUGAUAUAUUUUUCUGUAUCGCUUUAGUAUUAUGCAGCUCUCAGCUUGGUGAGGUCCCAGAAGAGAAUACGUAAGAUGUAUUCCUAUUUCCGAACCAGUCUUACUUUGGUUUGAUGGUGCAGAAAGGGCUUUUGAUUAGUCUAUUUUUAAUGUAUAUAAGGUCAAAUCAAGGCAGGCAAUUGCUGGGGACAAGAAAGGAAGAGUUAGGAAAGAAGACACUAUUUUAGCUAAUGGGGUUUCUGCCUUGGGUCUAAAAAAAUGGCUUUGUUUAAAUUAUGUGAUAAUUUAGAUAAAUGAGAUUCCAGGUGUUCUUAGUAGUUCCAAGUUGAUAGGGCAAAAGUGUCUUUGUUACAAUUAGGUAUUGAAGCACUCAGAGAGAAAAAACUACCAAAUAUCCAAUGGGUAAGCCUGUGACAUAGCUACAAGUACAUAAAAAUCUGAAGUAAAAUGAGGCUUAAACUCAACACAGCUGCCUCCCUCAUUCGACUGUCUGCAGAGUUCUUGAGUUCCUCAUUUGUUGGUAAAAAGAAAAAGAAUAUGAAUGUAUUUUUUCUUGCCUAUUAGUGGUCCUCUUGCAAUAUUUCAAUAGGAGUCCAGUUACUAGUUAAAACACAGCUAUUGGAUCAUCCACAGAUUUUAUCUUUACAAUCUUGAUCUCCUUGUCCAUGGACCAUCGAUAGUUGGCUUGCCAAGUUUAAUACUUUCAUUGCUUGAGUAGAAAGGAAUCAAAGGGCUGUGUAGUAACCUGAUGGUAAAGUUAAGAUCGAAUUAAGACACAGAGAGAGAAUAUAUAUCACUGCCCGGCCUGAUAGGCAAAACCUGCUCUUGCUUUUAAUAGCAGUGAUGAAUUGUCAGGACCUUAUUUAUGAAACCCUGAUCUACCUGUAACUCCCUGCUAGGCUGAGUAAAAACCAGGCUCUUUCUCCCUGCUUAUGACUUCCCACAAAGGGACUGGCAGCAUCCUGCAACCUUGUCUUCGAAUAGUGCUUUCUACAAAACUAGCAUUUGUUUUGUAAUCUUUUCUCAUGUUGAAUCAGAUCUGCUCACUGAUUUAGGUUUGGUUAUGAGCUUGUAUCUCACUGUAUUUCUCAUGCUUUGUUCUUUUAAACCCUUUAAAUACUGUGUCAUUUUGUAUACAUGUGUGAAGUUUGAAAAAAAAAAAAAAAAAAGCACACCUUGUGAGUUUCGCUCAAAAUGUGGCCUAAAUAUCCAUUGGCAUGUCUAGAUGAACAAUUAAAAAUAAAGAUCAUUUCUUUAAAAUA